CUCUCUUUCUUUCCCAAGCGUCGUUUUCGUAAUCGUAGUGUCUUUCAUUUCAUCCCGGUCUCUGUGAUCGAUCGUCUUCUGUUUCUCCACUCACUAUUUUAUUUCCCCCCUAUAAUUAUUAUCCUUUUUUUUAUCUUUUACAUUAAAAAUAUUGCUUCUUCAUACCUUACCUGUUCCCAGAAAGGAUAAAAAUCUAGUAUUGCCCCAGUCUAAAGUAGUCAAAGUUUCUGAAUGGAUCUGUGUGGCGUUCAUGCGAAGAACCUUUUCCACACAAAUUCAUUUUGCUACAGACCCAUUUCCUCCAACUUGGGAAGGACUGGAAUUCCUUUCAGAGUUUUGGAUGGACGAAUGUUUGAGAUCACUGUUUUGAGGCGAAAAGGGUAUCGCCCAUUUGUUGUCACCGCCACCGGCAAGAAGAAUCGUGACAACUCUUCUUCUGGUAAUGAUGAACGGUCCAUUCCAGAAGGAGAUGGUACUAGAGGGAACAAUUCUUCUGAUGGUAACAAAUCAGAUAACAACUCUGAGAAAUGUCAUCAUACUAAUCUGGAUUGGCGUGAAUUCAGGGCAAAACUAUAUAGAGAUGAGCUGAAGGAAAUAUCAGAUAGUGACACACAUAAUGAAGGUGGAGUGUUGCCCAAUUCCAAACCUCUUGGAACACAGUGGGCUCAUCCUAUUCCAGUACCUGAGACUGGCUGCGUACUUGUGGCUACCGAAAAGCUUGAUGGUGUUCGCACCUUUGAAAGAACUGUUAUUCUCCUUCUCAGAUCUGGAACUAGACACCCACAAGGAGGGCCUUUUGGAAUUGUCAUCAACCGUCCUCUUCACAAAAAAAUUAAACACAUGAAACCUACAAAUCAUGAUCUAUUAACUACCUUCUCUGAUUGUUCUCUGCAUUUCGGUGGACCACUUGAGGCAAGCAUGGUUUUGUUGAAAGCAGAGGAGAAGAUGAAGCUUCCAGGAUUUGAAGAGGUAAUCCCUGGGCUAUGUUUUGGAUCACGAAACAGUUUGGAUGAUGCUGCAGGGCUUGUGAAGAAGGGGAUUCUCAAGCCUCAUGACUUCAGAUUCUUUGUUGGAUACGCUGGAUGGAAACUGGAUCAGCUGAGAGAUGAGAUUGAGUCGGAUUAUUGGUAUGUGGCUGCAUGUAGCUCAAGUUUGCUUUGUGGGGCAUUGUCAGAAUCUUCAGAAAGUUUGUGGGAGGAGAUUUUGCAGCUAAUGGGUGGUCAUUACUCAGAAUUGAGCCGGAAGCCAAAGCAAGACAUGUAGGUAUCAGAUGAAUCACUUUAAUGUUAAAUAAGUAGAUAAUUUAUCCUCGUGUCCUAGUCUAUUAUUACAAGAGGAAUUGUACCUUGCUGGCUUCUUGUAAUUAUGCUUGUUAGUUUAGUUUGAUGUAAGUAUGAGAUGAAUGAACUUUUAGAAUUUCAUCUAGAUCAUAAAGAGUUGCAGCACCCUUGAAUUGGUAUUUCCACGAGACCUAUAAACGAUAUGAGAAAAUGGCCGCAUGUCAUGCA